UUCCUAGAAAACUUAUUUUUUAUGCUGUUAAAUUGCUUGAACAUUGGUUUCUUAAUGACAUUGGACAAAAGGAGUUCAUGUCAAGUGAAACUUAGAAGUAUUACAAAUAAUUUUUAAAAAUUCCAGGUGGAAAGGGUGAUGGUGGUAGUGGUGCAGUAACAGCAAUAACAGUAAACCCUAAGGCUGUGCUAUCUACUGGUACUCUACCUUCACCAAUAGCUAUGACACCGCCCCCUACUACACCACCUGCUGAGAAGAAGGAGGGUAUAAUCCCUGAGACUGUAGUUCAAACCGUCGAACCCACUCCCAACCAGAGUGAGAAUGAAAGCAUUGAAGAGACACCAACUACAUGUAGCAGGGAGGAACAAGAAACAUCAUCCAAUGAUACACCAUGUCUUCCUCCUGAGAAAAUAGAAAUUGUUGACACACCACAGCCUUCACCUAGAGUCACUGGACGUACUAGGGCACCAAAACCAGGAAGACCAGUUAUCGUAUGGCGGAAGAAAUGAGAGAUGAUGUGAUGGAUCAAAUUCAGUCCUAUAUUGCUACUCAGCUAAUGGUCCAAUCGUCAGACCGGGAUUCUACCAAGAUGCUACGGGGUCACAGAAGCGACGCAAGGAUUAGAGCCAAAUCAAGCCAAGGGAACGACAAAGUUUUCAAGAGAUAAUUCAGAAGUUUUGUAUAAGCAAAGCCAAGGCUGCCUGCAUUGUGUAUGUGGUGUUUCGAUGUGUCUUUUACAAAUAAAUAUUUAAAGAAAACAAAGUGUUUUUG